AUGGAUAGAUCUAUUGCCAACCAAGAACUCUUCCUACCUGAGGAAGGUGCUGCUCAGGACAAGUCCAAUCAAGCGUCGACAGCAGACUCAGGACGUUACUACGCUGAUCAGAACGACGUGCCUUCUCAUGAGCCCCCACGCAGUCAUGUCCCGGCCGUCAACUUGAUACCAGCGACGCCUUCUACAAUCCGGUCGGAUUCAGUUCGGUCAACUGCCUCGCAAGCAAUGCGUACCGAACCGAUGAGCGGUGCUCUACCGCACGUGGUAGAGGAAGACAUGUACGGAGAUGGGCUACCCGCAGACCAGCAUUCGAACGUCUGGGCAUCUCCCUCCAACCAGCAUCCGGAGGAUGUCAUCCCACCUAUCCCACCAAAGUCGCCCGCGAGAUUCGAGAGGAGUAGCCCGACAGCAUCGCCAUCUAUACCGCCGACAACUGCUACUGGAGCAACCUAUGUGCCUACUGGGACCGGAGAUGAGUUUCAUGACCAGGUGCCUCCCCAAGCAGAUUCCAACCAUUACAGCCAGCCAGCUACGCAUGAAGCAGUCCCCAUAUCAGACUCCUUAGCUCACAACGCACCUUCAGAGCCACCAACUUACGAUCAGUAUCGAGAGUCAAGGACCGAUGAGCCUCCGCCGCUACCAGGACCUCGGCCUGUGCCUCAGACAGAUGCGGUAGGCCACUCUCAGUCCACCGUCCAUCCUUCAGUUCACUUGGACAGUGACCAAGACUAUGCAUAUGCUUUGCAGCUUCAGGAAGAGGAAGAGAAUCGGGCGCCACCACUACCUACGCGACCACGACCUUCAGCCCCUCAGCCCGGCCUAAACACCGCUUCGUCCUCCCGCGUCCUCAGCUCAGAGGAGCAGGACUUCGAACUAGCUCGGCGACUUCAAGACGAGGAAGAUAACGCGACGCCCGCUCUACCAAUCCGACCUGGCCAGCAGCUCGGCUCUGGCCUCAACGAGCCUCCAGCAUUUUCACGGACGCCUUCCACAGAUCGAUUCCAGCCUCCGCCGCGCCGCACAGCUACAGACUUUGGCACGGACAACCCUUCCGAUCCGAUUCACUAUACCCGUGAUCCGCACAAGCUGAUCGCCUACCUUGUGCCAUUCCCAACACCACAGCUCAAGAAUGCUCCGUCCGAGGCCAUCCCCAAGCGCUUUCUGAUCUACACACCUCCCCCACCACCUCUCCAGACCCCACCCGAGGCCAGAAGGAAGAUCGAGUUCACAAAGUCCAACGAAACCAAGUCGUCCGAAGCCAAGGUCACCAGCUGGCCCGGCUUCAAAGGCAAAAUGAUCCGCGGUGCGAACAAAGCCAUGGGCUACACCACCAAUUCCAACAUCGACUUCCUCAGCCGCAUCCAACAACCCAGCGCUAGCAAAACAUCUCCAACCCCAUCUCGCUCGCCAUCUCCUCCAUUCGACCACAAAGACCCCCUGGGCAACGACACCUCCGCCGAAGACCCCACAAUCCAAGGACACGUGACAAAUAAGACCGUUAGCCUCGACACCAUGAUUUUCGUGUACUCACCCGCCAUGAAUCUCACGCCGGAGCAGAUGCGAGAGGAGUUUGUCAACACAGUCAUGCGCACCAAGUCCAAAGCCAUGCGGGACAGCGUCAUCGCAACGGGUCUCCUUCCCGUCUCGCUCGCGGUGGAUAUUGUCUUGAUUGCUGUUAGUGGCAUCUUCGAGGUCAAUGCCGCGUGGGCGUACUUCAACAUCAAAGGCGCGAAGACUGCAAGAAGUGUUGGCAAGCGGUUGUCUUCGUCUACCUCUUCUGCACCCUCGAGCUCAGCUGUCGCAAGCGGAGGUGUUCCUCCUCCGGGAGAAAGCCAAGCGAUCGACCCCGAGAAACCCGAAGCAGAGCUACAAAAAGAAGACAAGUUGAAACUCGAGUUCCGCCCCGCGACCCGCAUCGACGUUCUCUCGCGCUACCUCCAGGCUGAAUGCCACAAGGUCGAGCCGAAACUCUUCCCAGAAUACAGGACGCCGCCUUCGGAGAGCGACUGCCUCGAAGCUAUAGGCUGGGCGCCCCACCAAACCGGCUCAGAGAAACAAAACUGGGAAGACGAAGCGUGGGAACUCCAGGAGGUAAAAGAUGAUUUGCGGCUGGUGAUUCACAAGGCGGCCAAGGAAUGGCGGAAGUAUGUGGUUGCGUUUGAGAAGAAUCCGGAGAAGAAUAUUGGGAAAUAA